AUGUUCAGUUUACCGAGCGAUCACAGCAAAUUGAGCGAUAUUGACUUAACAAGGCAUUUAUCAGAAGUAAGACAAGCUGAAGUUACUCAUCAGGAUCAUGAUGUAAUUAACAGUUGGCCAGCUGGUUGGAUGGCUCGACAUUUCAAGGAUGAGACUCGUUGCAGUGUACCUAAUUUCACCGGUACGAGCUAUGAUGAGGGAGCAACCAAUGAUGAGCAAAAAAAUGAGUUGACUAUUCUGAAUAGCACUGAUGAUUAUUUAGCUAAUCUGAUUACUAAUCCGUCUUCAGUCGUUCCUCUAACUACUUAUGUAUCCAAUCUUGGCGUACCGCCAAGCAAAAAAAGUUACCUUGACAUUGAGGAGUCUAUCGACAAUUCUUGGCUUGUUAACGAAGCAACGAGUACUUUCUUUAAUCUUCACGCUGACUUCAGUACUUUUCUCGAAAUAUGGAAACCAAACGUUGAAUUGGUUAAUAAGAGUGAAGUCCCCCAAUGUACUACUGCUGCAGUACGGAAACUGAAAGAUGUAUUGCCGAAUCAGAUGACUCUUUCGGUGGCUCCGUCUCUAUUUCGAUUGAACUCUCUGCAGAAUAAAAUUGUCUCUUCAAAUAAUAAAAAAGAAAUAGCUAUCAAAUGGUACUGUGUUUUCUGCUUCAAUAACGCUCGCUUUGCUUACGAGAAAUGUGGUAUUAUCCUUUAUCCCAAGCUGAACGGACCAUGGCGAACUCAUGUUUGCAAGGACUCUAAGGGUGUAGUGAUUUGUCCUAUUUUGGCUGCACAUGUAUGCCGUCAUUGUGGUGCCACGGGUAAAUUCGCACAUACUGAAAAAUAUUGCGAUUUAGAGCAAAAGCGGCGAAAUGAACGAACAAAGAAUUUGAGUCGAGUUAGUCGUGUAUGA